CGGCUGAGUCGGUCUAAACGGUUUUCGGGCCCGCCUAAGCAAUAUCCAGACGGUUUUCAUCGCAAUUACGAGCAGCUAACAAAAGUCCGAAAAAAAAACAAAAAAAAUGAAAAAAAUGCUAAUGUUUGCGGUAUGUUUUUUGGCCGUUCUUUCAGUCGUAGUCGCGAAGGACUCCGGCGGUAACGGUGCGGCGUCUAUCGUCAAUUCGGUAAACAGCGAUCCGGCCAGCACUUGGAAGGUACGUCGGUUAAAACCUAAUGCCAAACCUAACCCGGUCAACGGUUAUAUUGGUAUAACACGAUGCCCUAGUAAUGUGUUCGUUACAGGCCGGCCACAACAACGCGAUUCCGGUGGACCAAGCGAACUUCGGUAGGUUAAUGGGCUUGUUGCCCAGGAACCGGAACGCGUUCAAGUUCGCUCCUAUCAAGUACCGGGCGUCGGCAAACAACAAUAACGUCAACGCAAUAACGGACGAGCUGCCCGAGAGGUUCGACGCCAGAGAAAGGUGGCCCAUGUGCAAUUCGGUGAUCGCCCCGAUCAAGGACCAGUCUAACUGCGGAUCGUGUUGGGUAAAUAUAAAAUAAAACCUAUACAGUUGCGGUUUAAACCGCGAACCGCUGUGACCUAACCGAACCUUACCAUAUUUUGCAGGCCGUGUCCGCGGCUUCAGUGUUCAGCGACAGGCUGUGCAUAGCGUCCGGAGGGGCCGUGGCCAAGAACCUAUCGGCCGAACACCUGAACAACUGUUGUUACCGGUGCGGUCACGGGUGUGACGGAGGAUUCCCCGAGGGCGCUUGGGCUUUCUUCGCCCGGCACGGUAUCGUCACGGGCGGCGCUUAUGGCUCGAACGAGGUACAGACUAUAGACUCCACUAUAUGUUUACUUCAUGACAUUUCGUCAAAACUUCUAAGCGAUUUAAUAACUCCCGAACGUCGUUAUCGUCUCGCAGGGUUGUCAACCGUACAGCAUUUAUUCGUGCGGUAGAAACGGAAAACGUUGCAUAGAUAAAGAUCCCGAUACGCCCGAGUGUGCCGUCAAGACGUGCUCCAAUUCGAAAUAUACUGGCGAUUACAGGGCCGAUUUGCAUUAUGGUAAAUUUUUAAACUCUUAAAACGAUCUGACGUCUGAGUGUACGAGGUCAACUGUACUCCCUCCCCCCGACUCUUCUUAGACCUGCACGAUAUUAUCCUUACAUCAUGAUACAUUCAUGCAUUCAUAACCCUCAACUUUUAAUCAUUUUCUCGCAUAAAAUUAUAAAACGAAUGUUUGAAUUCGCCGUAGUUAAGGAAGCGUACUCCCUGCCGAAUUCAGAAGAGGAAAUCAUGGCGGAAAUAUACAAGCACGGUCCCGUCCAAGCGGGUUUCUACGUCUAUACGGACUUCAUGUAUUACAAAAGCGGUGAGUAUAUAUACCUAUAAGUUUCCGUCACCGGGUAUGAUAUUGAACUCUUUUGGGUUAUUUUUUAACGGCUGUGUUUCCGUGCACACGACAAUAUACACGUAAUGUCGUAGGCAUAUACCGGUACACCAGAGGUGAAAUAGAAGGCGGCCACGCGAUCAAAAUCAUCGGCUGGGGCGCGGAGAACGGUACCAAGUAUUGGCUGUGCGCCAACUCGUGGACCGAGUAUUGGGGCGAGAAAGGGCUGUUCCGGAUAAUCAGAGGACAAGACGAAUGUGAUAUCGAAGGGCGCGUGUUAGCCGGACUGCCGCGUGUACCGGUACAAUAAUAUUGCUGAUAUAACCGAGAAAUGCCGACAGCCGAGUAUCUAAUUAUAUACCUAAAAAAAAAAAAAAAAAUACUCAAUAAAGUAAUCGUGUUAUUUUUUUUUUACGACCUUUUUGUACGUUUUACUGUAAUACAAGGAAAAUAAUAAAACGAAGAUUCUAGUUGUAGAACUGUGACUAACCAAGACUU